CUCUUCGAGAGCGCUUUGUCAUAGUGUAUAUUGGUUGAGAAGGGCUGCGGCUGUUGUGAGUGUCAGGGUGUCUGGCGUGGUCCGACUAAAACACAAUGUCUCGGCAUUCGCAUAGUUGCAGUGGCGAUCAUGAUCAUGAAAUUGACGAUAGUCCGGAAAUGGGAGUGCAGUAUAGUCUUUACACUAAAAUAGACACAGAAAAUCUGGAAUGCUUGAAUGAAAAGGUUGAAGGGUCGGGCAAAACUGUGUUUAAAGCUUGGGAAGACAGACUAGAUUACGAAAAGUAUGUUGAAAGUGAUGUUGACGAAGAAUUGCUGUUCAAAAUUCCGUUUACAGGAAAUGUAAAACUGAAGGGAGUGAUUGUUAUUGGAGGAGAACAAGACAUGCAUCCUUCACGACUGAGAAUAUACAAGAAUCGUCCAAAUAUGUCAUUUGAUGAUGUUAGUGCAGAGCCUGAUCAAGAAUUUGAACUUCAUCCAGACCAGAACGGAACGUUAGAAUACUCAAUUAAAGUCGUGAAGUUCUCUUCUGUUCAUCAUUUAACUCUACAUUUCCCAAAGAAUUUUGGAAGCGAAACCACAAAAAUAUACUAUAUUGGACUAAGAGGAGAGUAUUCAGAAGCACACAGGCAUGGAGUAACAAUAUGUACAUAUGAAGCAAGGCCAAAUCCUGCUGACUGCAAGGCUGAGUUACCUGAGACUAUGUCUCAUGAAGUGCACUGAAGAGAUUUUUAUUGACUGUGAAGUAAUUGUUUUGUUUCAUAAUAAUAAGUAUUUAUACUUCAAUUUAUACUUCAGUAAAUAAAGUAUGCUAUGCCUGUUGAAAAUAAAUGGUUUGUUAACAUC